UGCAUCUCUAAAUUGUACAUUGACUUUUGUUGCAGACAAAAAAAAUUGUGUGGUGAAGAAGAUUGCAAGAGAUGUAGUACUGGGAAUAUCAACCAACCUUGCAUUGGCAAAACGGAAUGUUCUGUGUGCCAUUCUUCUAAUGGAAUCUUGUGUCGUGCUUGUCUCAUGAUUAGAUAUGGUGAAGAUAUAGAUGAAGUCAGAAAGAUGAAGAAUUGGAUGUGCCCCCACUGUAUUGAAGAGAAAGGCAUCAAACCUUAUUGGAUAUGUAACAGUUCUCUAUGUUUGAAGAAGCGAAAGAUGACACCAACUGGAAUUGCUAUUUAUCAUGCUCGUGAAAAAGGGUAUAAAUCAGUGGCACACUUGCUGAUGGAUGAGUUGAAAAGUGCUGGAAAAUGGUUCGAAGCCUAGAAGAAUUUCAAAGAAAGGCAACAUUUGAGUGGUCACAGAAGCCAACAUUUGAGAGAACAUUUGAGUGGGUUGGUCACAGAAGCCAACAUUUGAGUGGUCACAGAAGCCAACAUUUGAGGGAACAUUUGAGUGGUCACAAAAGCCAACAUUUGAGUGGCUUUCAAUCUCGAUUUUUGUUUGCAUAAUUUAGCCUCAUAAAGAGCAAAGCCAAAAUCUCUACAGUUUGUCUCUAACGCAAAAAUGUUGACUCAGUCUGAAUGAAAGGGCAUUUGUUUAGAAUACAUUUU